UGAUUUCUGUCAGUGUCUACUAUUGUGUUACUUCAUUGUGUGUUAACUCGCAGUUCGCAGUAAUAAAAUCAAGCAUUUUAUAGAAAGAACUGCGUUUGUUUUGUGUACUUAUUAAAAUUUAAAUUACACAAAUUUAUAAUGUCAUAUCAACUGUACAGAAAUACUACGAUCGGAAACACAUUACAAGAAAGCCUUGACGAACUGAUCCAGUAUGGGCAGAUAACACCGGCUUUAGCAGUAAGAGUGCUAUUGCAAUUUGACAAAUCUAUAAAUACAGCUUUAUCCAACAGGGUGAAAUCUAGAUUAACCUUUAAAGCCGGAAAAUUAAAUACUUACAGGUUUUGUGACAAUGUGUGGACCUUUAUGUUGAAUGAUGUGGAGUUCCGAGAAGUGCAGGAAGUUGCUAAAGUAGACAAAAUCAAAAUUGUAGCUUGUGAUGGUAAAAAUGUGGAGGAAAGAAAAUAACAUUAAGGGUGCUGCUACAGUGUCAAUUCCAAUCAUUAUAUCAAUAUGUUUUUAUAAGGCUGUAGUUUUGGAAAUGGAUUCAAGUAUGCAUGAAGUAUCACUCAGAGCCUAAUUACUUUGAGCGUCUAUUGUCAUUAUUACAGUUUGAUCUGUUCUCUUGACACGAUUGUGUAUAGUAGUGUCAAUACCAAUAUUACCAUAACAAUGGAUAUGAAUUUCCAUUGCUUCAUUUCAUCCAUCAAGGUUGUAAAGCAAAUACUUUAUUAGAUUUUAUUGAUAUUCACACAUAUUCUUAAAUUAUUAUGUCAGAAGUUUUGUUUGUGAUUGUAUGAAAGACAUUGAAAUAUUUCAUGAAAAAUUCUGGUUCUAUAUUUAGUCCAUAUCAUAUUAUGUAUUAUGCUUAAAUUAAAUAAAUGGUAUAAUAAAUAAAUAAAAUAAAAUAAAA